AUGGCGUACGCAAAGAAAGUCGUGGCGGUCGGCCUGGAGCCAGCAUAUACAGUCGAUGAUGGCGAUACGUUCUCGCGCAGGCGAUGGCAGAAGCAAACGCAGAUUUUACAAUCCUACCGAUCACACAGCCCACAGCCACACAACCGCUGGCGGCGCAUAUUGCAUCCUGGGCUCGACAGCAUCUGGACGCCAGACAACGUCGAUCUGGUCGCGCAGCAGGUUGAGUACGGCGAGCACAUCGGCCUGCGGCGAGUGCUGGCACCGCUGAGCGAGCCGUUGAAGGGCGAUGCGCCCGUGGUUGUGCGACUGGCAGCGCACGAGUGGCGGAAGUGGAACCGUGUGCGCAUGAUGUGUGGCCACAAUUCGCGGCUGCAGGUGGCACUGGAUCUGGAUUCGGAUCCGGAGUUGAGCCUUGAGCAGUGGCGUGCCGAGCCCGUCCAGCUCGCCAUCGUGGCGGAGGCGUUGUUUAUACGGAAUGCCGCCGGAUUCCCCCAAAUGAUGGCCAUUGGCGCAGCGGUGGCCGUGCAGUGCGGCGCCAACGCCAAUUCUGGCGAUCACGAUUUGGAUGCGGAUUCAGCGGCGUCUGAGGCGUACCACGACGUGCUGCAGGUGCCUCUGCAGCCACUGAUGGACCACCUAGACGCAGAUACGUACGCGACAUUCGAGGCCGACUUACCCAAGUACGACGCGUACGAGCGCGCUCUCGCCCGUGCCCUCAGCGACCUGACAAAGCCCGAGAUUUUGCUGAUGGUCGUCGGCGCUGGGCGCGGCCCACUGGUGACGCGUGCGCUGACGGCGGCGCGGGCCAGCUCGGCGCGCGUGCGCGUAGUGGCUGUCGAGAAGAACCCGGGCGCCAUGGUGGCAUUGCAGCAGCGCAAUGUGAGCGAGUGGCGCGGCGAGCUGCUGGGGUCGUUUGGCGACAACGAGCUCUCACCUGAGUGCUUGAACGCUGCCGUCUGCUCACUGCUGUGCGAUGGCGGCAUCUGCAUUCCGCGCGCGUAUACGGCCUACGCGGCGCCAAUGUCGUCGACGCUGCUGCACAGGCGCGCCGCCGAGUACGCAGCAGAGAGCCACACAAAGUACAGCCUGGAGACACCCUACGUCGUAAAUAUUCACGCGGCGCGACUGCUGGCCGAGGCCCAGCCUCUGUGGACCUUUGACCACGCGGCCGCCGAGUCGCAGCGCUUCUGCCGAAGUGCCACAGCCGACUUUGACGUUUGCGCUACUGCCCCCGACUCUGUCGUCCAUGGGCUGGCCGGGUACUUUGACGCAGAGCUUUACGCCGAUGUUCGUCUGAGCAUCUGCCCGAGCACACACACGCCCGACAUGCACUCGUGGUUCCCAAUGUACUUUCCGCUGCGGCAGCCGCUGGCCGCCGAUGCCGGUGCCCGAAUCAGCGUCCACAUGUGGAGACGGUGCGCCGACGCGCGCACCUGGUACGAGUGGGCUGUAGAAACUCCCGCCGCCACCAGUGGUAUCCACAAUGCCAAUGGCCACCACACACCGUGGAUAAAGCGGAUAUUCACCUCGGGCAAGCGGAAACCAGCUGCAUCCUCCAGCACCAGCACCAGCGCCGACGCUGACGCUGGCGACAAAAGCGAAUCAAAUUCGCACAGCCAAAUAACCCUCGUCUCGUUCGUACCCAAAAACAUAUUCGAGCAGUUCCGCCGCGCCGCCAACAUAUAUUUUCUAUUUUUGCUCAUUCUGCAGUUCAUCCCGGCCGUCACCACGGGCAUGCCCGGCCUAAGUGCCCUGGCCCUGUUCACCAUAGUUCUGCUGACCAUGCUCAAGGAUGGCUAUGAGGAUUCAAAGCGGAGUGCCAGUGACAAGGAGGCCAACAGAGCACCUGCUGUGGUGCUAGGACGCGGGUGGAUCAAUGUAAACAAACUGCCAGCGCACAUGUUUCGUGCGGGCUUGUUUAGCUUUUUGCUGAACGAUUCCGGCGCCGAGGGCUCAAUUGGCGGCGGCGGCAGCAUAUCUGCCAGCUCGCAUGGCGCGCCCAGCAAAGACUCUGCCCCGGAUAUGGCCGUGGACAGCGACGCGUGGCUGCAGACUGAAUGGCGGCACUUGCACGUCGGCGACAUUGUUCUGCUUCACGAUGGCGAAUCUGUGCCCGCCGACCUGGUCCUCUUGGCCACCAGCGAGGACGACGGUUCGUGCUUUAUCGAGACAAAGAACCUGGACGGCGAAACCAACCUCAAAUCCAAAGUGUCGCCGCCCGCCACCGCCCACCUCACUUCGCCACAGCAUCUGGCCGCCUUUCAGUGCACAAUUGACGCUGAGCCUCCGAGCACCCAGUUGCCCUUGGCCUCCAAUUCCAAAGAGCCGCUGAGCGUGGACAAUCUCCUGCUGCGCGGUAGCGUCGUGCGCAACACGCAAUGGGCCGUCGGCGUGACCGUGUUUACCGGUGACGAGACGAAGAUUAUGAUGAACGCCGGAGAGACGCCCUCGAAGCGCAGCAGGAUUGAACGCAUGAUGAACUACCAAGUUUUGUCGCAGUUCUGCCUUCUAUUCCUCCUGUGUUUGCUUUCGGCCAUCCUUGGCGGCAUAUACUUUGGCCGCGCCGACUCCUUCCAGGCCGUGUUUAUUGUAAAGUAUCAGACAAAAUCCGGCCAGUCGGCGCCCCUGUACGGAUUUUUGACGUUUUGGACCGCCCUGAUUCUGUACCAGACCGUUGUUCCGAUCUCGCUGUAUGCGUACUUUAUCAACCAGGACAUUGACAUGUACUACGCACCGACGGACCGCCGCUGCGUGCCAAAGUCUUGGAACUUGUCUGACGACCUGGGCCAGAACGUCAUGGAGUUCCGACAGUGCACCAUCCACGGAAAGGUCUACGGCGAGAUUAUUGCUGAAAAGGAUGACGGCGCCGAGGGUGACAAGGCGAAGGAGCUGCGCCGGGCGAUGGACGCCAAGAUUGCAAAAUUCUUCAACCACCUGCACCGCCAGAGCGACACGACGACAUUCCUGGACACCAGUAUCUACGACGACCUCCAGGCGGACAACGCGCAAGCGCGCGCCGUGUACGAGUUCUUCACCGUCCUGUCGCUCUGCCACACGGUCAUCUCGCACAUGCCCGACGCUUCCCAGCCCGACCGCAUUGAAUACAAGGCACAGUCUCCCGACGAGGCCGCACUGGUGUCGACAGCGCGCGACGACCGCCUGCUGUGCAACUUUUUGGGCAACGAGCUGUGGUUCACCCUCCUGGCCACGCUUGAGUUCAACAGCACGCGCAAGCGCAUGUCUGUCAUUGUGCGCUGCGACGACGGCCGCAUCAUGCUCUUGUGCAAGGGCGCGGACUCGGUCAUUUUGGAGCGCAUCAAGGACAACCAGGAGCAGUUGCGCCAGGCGACGCUCGCCGAUCUGGAGCUUUUUGCCAAUCAAGGGCUGCGCACGCUGUGCCUCGGCUACCGCAUCCUGGAGGAGGCCGAUUACAGUGAGUGGAAGAAGCAGUACGACCACGCGUUGGGCUCUCUGGGAGAUCGCGAUGCCGAGGUCGAGGAGGUGUGCGACCGCAUCGAAAGGCACCUGCAGCUGGUCGGUGGAACCGCCAUCGAGGAUAAGCUGCAGGACGGCGUGCCCGAGACCAUUGCACAGCUGGCACUGGCCGGCAUCAAGCUGUGGGUGCUGACGGGCGACAAGACUGAGACAGCAAUCAACAUCGGCUAUAGCUGCAACCUGCUCAACAGCGAGAUGCAGCUUAUUGUAGUCAAGGCCGAGGACCAGCAAGCCACGCGCGAGCAGCUGGAGCGCGCCCUGCACGAGUUUGGCGACACCCAUGGCGACCUGUCGUACGUCGGCGGCGGCGGCGGCGCCAUGUCGGGCGUGCAGGCGAAGACCAGGGGCUCAUGGCGUAGGCUGCUGCGGGGACGCAGGUCCGCGGCAAAAGACAAGAUGGAUCCAGCCUUUGACCAUGCGCGGGCCAUCGCGCAUAACAAGAACAGGCGCCAUGGCGUCAAGGGCAUCUGGGACGACGUGCGCACGCGCAAUAUCCCGUCAAACCGCGCCAAUGGCCUGCAGCUUAAGCGCGACGCGCCCCUAGCACUGGUCAUUGACGGCUACUCGCUCAAGUACGCGCUGGAGACUGAGCUCGCCCCGCUUUUUCUCGAGAUUGCCGUGCGCUGCCAGUCGGUUUUGUGCUGCCGUGUGUCGCCCUUGCAGAAAGCGUUGGUCGUCAGGCUGGUCAAGGAGAGCUUGGGCACACUGUGUCUGUCAAUCGGUGACGGUGCCAACGACGUGAGCAUGAUUCAAGAGGCCGACGUGGGUAUCGGCAUCAGCGGCGAGGAGGGCCUGCAGGCGGUCAUGGCCAGCGACUAUGCCAUCGGUCAAUUCCGCUUUUUGCAAAAGCUGCUCCUCGUGCACGGCCGCUGGUCGUACCUGCGGAUCACCUCGAUGGUGCUCAACUUCUUUUAUAAGAACAUUGUGUUCACAGUGUCUCUAUUCUGGUUCCAGAUUUACUGCCAGUGGUCCGUGUCCAAUGCCUUUGACUACGCCCUGAUCACGCUGUACAAUAUGCUCUUCACGAUGCUCCCACCUGGGGCGCUUGGUGUCUUUGACCAGGACUUGCCAGCCUUUGUCGGCGUCGUUGUCCCGCAGCUAUACAAGCGAGGCAUUUACAAGCUCGAGUACUCGAUGGCGCGCUUCUGGAUGUACAUCGCUGACGGGCUGUAUCAGUCGGCAGCCAUUAUUUUCCUAAUUGUCUAUUCGAACUACUUUAGCUCGUCAGCCGAUCGCAGCGGUCUAGACUCGUCGAACAAGGACGACAUGGGCACGCUUGGCGCCUUUUGCGUUGUCCUGGUGACAAACCUGUAUAUGGGCCUCAACAACCGCACGUGGACUUGGGUCAUGCCCCUGGCGCAGCUUGUCGGAAUCGCCCUGCUGCUUGGCGUCUUCUUUGUCUAUGGAGUCAUGUUCGACAGCGUGUUCUCAUCCGGAGCGGCCGUGCGGAUCUUUGUGCAACCCAACUUUUGGCUCAUCCUGCUGCUGAUCCCCAUUGCCUGCCUGAUGCCGCACUACAUUGCCAAAUUUGUGCGCUCGGCGUGGUACCCCACGGACACAGACAUUGUGCGCGAGAUCAUCCAUGAUUUCCGCCACAGCAGGCAGAACUCGCGCUCGUGGUCCACUACAGGGCAGUCCACUGGCGUUCUUAAUUCCGCCAUGAGCAGCUCGCGCUCGCAAAAAGGGGCACCCUUUGGCGCCAUUCUCGAGCACAAGGGGAUGCCAAAGUCGCCGCGCAGGCACCGGCACCCGGGCGCCGUUCACAGCGGCCAUAUGAUGGAUGGUGCCAUUCCCCUGAAUGACAUCAGUCCGCAUCUCCAUGGCCGCUCCUUGGACGCCACCGCUGGUGCGGCCAUUUCCGGCGAUGGUCUGAAUUGUCUGGGCAUGUACCAGGGAACGCGAUACCUAGAAUCCGACGCCUCGCUGGUCAAAUAUUUACACAAUCUCGCACAUAUAGGCAGUCCUGCGGAAUCUGGAGUGCCUGUGAACAAUGUGAAGCGGCUUUCAGUUUUACGACAGCAGAAACAAAUGGCAGCGGAUGGGACGUUGGUGUCUUCACGGCAAGCUGGGCUGGAGGAUGUCUCUCUUCGGCCCGAUUCUGGUGACAUCUACCAGAUGACUUUGGCUGAUGGCCGAUAUAUGGGGGCUAUCAGCGCAAGAUCGUCGAUUUACAAUCUGCACGAUGGCUCGCUGCAGCCGCACACCGGUUAUGCGUUUGCUCAUCAAGAGCAGUCAAGUAAGAAACGCUAA